AACAUAACUUCGGUUUGAACUCCCCUUUCUCAGCUGACGAAGGCAUUAAACGUAAACAAAGCUCACGCUGUCACCGCACGAGGCUUUCUGAUUUAAAUUUGGAGAAUUUUAUAGGAAGUACAGAAAAUGAGGCUAGGACUACAAAUUUCCUGCGAACUGGAGCAAAUAGACUCGUUGAAACCAAAGUCUGACGGGUCCUUCAGCUGGUGCCUAAAGGUGAAAUGUGGAUCUUGCGGAACAGAGGACGAAACGUGGCAUCAAAUAAGUGAAAUGGACAGUGACCACUACAGCGACGUCCAGGGAGACGUCAACUUCCACAUGAAAUGCAAAUUCUGCAAACGACCUGGCUAUAUUGAUGUCGUCAAAGGCUCUUACAAAGAGUACACAGAGGAGGACAGUGGAAAGUUCAAAACUAUUGUCAGCUUCACUUGCAAAGGAAUCGAGCCUGUCCAGUUUUCUUUUGAAGAUGGUUGGGACGUGAAGGUUUUGGAUUCGAACACAACCUUUGAAAACAUCAAUCUUUCCGAGGACUGGGUGGAAUACGACCCAAAGAGUCAAAUGCCAGUCGGCAUCUCUGAGAUGAAAUUCCAGUUCGUACGUGAGCAUGAAAAGUAAAUUUUCGACUCUCGUUUUUAUACUGCUUUAAAUUAAAAUUUCCUCGCCUUGAA